AUGGCACAAUACCAAUACUCCCCGCUCAAGGAAGAGGGGGGGGGGAGGGUUAGACUACUUACUCUCCAUCCUGGCCUUUUCAAUUCAGAAACAUACGUCGUGCUUCACAAUGAAACACUCGCAAAGAGUAACACCCCUGCUUUUGAAGCUCUUUCUUACACUUGGGGCUCCAUGGAAAACCUACAUGACAUCCGUGUUGGACCCAGUGCAAACGACGUCCUCUCAGUCACUAGAAACUUGGCAGUUGCGUUGCAGCAUCUUCAACAUGUCAAAAAGGUGCGAGUUCUAUGGAUUGAUGCUAGGGGCCAGCAGGUAGAAAGGAUGCGCGAUAUAUAUACGCUAGCAGAUAGAGUCGUUGUUUGGCUUGGCGCCGAGGAGCAGAACAGUAUAUAUGCUUUGCAGCUCAUGAGUGCUUUGAGUUCUAAGAUAGAGGUAAAUUGGUUAUUAGUUGUGAUAAAGCCUUCUAUGCUGGGAGAGGACGAGCCAGAUUGGACUGAUCGAAGCAAACCGUUGCCGUACGAAGGCAAGGAGCUGGAUGCCAUAUACUCUUUGCUUCAUCGCUCGUGGUUUGAAAGGCUUUGGAUCCGGCAAGAAAUCCGUUUGGCCAGCAAGAGGUCCGUCAUUGCUGUUCCCUUCCAUGAACGCAUAGAAAUGGUGUACCAACUGAGCGACGAUGCCAGCCCGGUCCCAUUCGGAAGGCUUAUCCGCAUGACUAAAUAUUGCAAAUGCUCUGAUCCAAGGGAUCGGGUCUACGGGUUGCUAAGUAUGCUUCAGAAAACGGAAAGGGAGAUCGGGAUCAAGCCCGAUUACUCUUUGACAACGAGUCAAGUCUACCAAGACGUGGUUCUUCGUUUCAUUCACCACUUUAACACGCUCAAGAUUUUAGCGUCUUGUGAGAUGCAAGAAAAGCCUUUGGACGUGCCCACAUGGGUUCCAAAUUGGUCUGUGGGGAAUAUUGCCGACCCUUUGUGGAGUCCGCUUGCCGACGCACAAUCACCCGCGGCUGCAGAGUACCUGGGCAAUGGAGAGCUGAGUGCUGCAGGCGUUAACGCUGCAAGUGUUGAGAGUGCCGAGAAAAUCAACUUCGUAAACUCUUCGAAUCCAGAGCUAAUUGCAACUAUCAGAAGGCAUGCUCCUGCUGAUGUCCUUUGCGGGUCAACCGUAGGCGGCGUGAGCCUUCUCGAUGCAUAUUGUCGUACAAUUUGCUGCGAUUACUUUGGCGAAGGCUACCUUCCAAGGCUCUCGCACUUUCCAACCUUUCAGGAGAGCAGGGAAGCUUUGGUUUCCUUUCUCACACAAGACGGAGAUUCUGCCGUAGAUUUAACUCCAUCUAGCGGCCCGGCAAAGUACCUUGACUGGGCGUGGAACUUCCUUCAAGGCAGAUCAUUUUUCAAGUCGGUAGAGGGCUACAUCGGACUCGCCCCGAGAGCGGCAAAGCCAGGGGAUGAGAUUUGCGUCCUCUUUGGAUGCCAGUCGCCUUUACUGCUCCGUCGGACCCAGGAAACUAGGUACCAAGUCGUAGGAGAAUGUUACGUAUACGGGUUGAUGCACGGCGAGGCCUUCCUUGGGCAACUUGAUUGGAAAUACCACCCCAUCCUUAUGUUCGAUGAUGCCUCUAAAUAUCAUAUCCCUGCCUUUCUGGAUACAGCGACUGGAGAGACCCAGGCUGUUGAUCCAAGAAUGAAGGGAUUACUCAAAGCAGAUAGUAUUUGCCCAGAUCAAGGAGAUCGAGGCAAGUACGCAGGUUCAACUUUAACGCCAGAGCUCCUGAAAGAUUUAGGGGUUAACGUGAAAAUCUUUGAGCUUUUAUAA